AUGAGAACUCUUCAAAUUUUUACACUGUUCACAAUAGCAUUAACAAUAUUGCUUGACGCAUAUACAAAUGCUGCCCAGGAUGAUCCAGGAUUUACGAGAGUUAUGCUUACAAAAAAAACUAAUCAUGGCAAAACUUCAGAAGAGUUCAUUAAAAGAGAUUAUACUUACAUAAAUCAAAAAUAUCAGAGAUUAAAAAAACGUCAAUCUCCAACUUCGAUCAUAACUUUAACUGAUGAACCAGUUUCGAACAAUGAUGUGGGUUAUUAUGGUCCUAUAACGAUUGGUAAUCAAAAUUUUAGCGUAACUUUUGAUACUGGUUCUUUGGAUCUUUGGGUUCCAGAUACUUCUUGUACUUCAUGUGGAAAUCAUAAUAAAUUUGAUCCUUCAAAAUCUUCUACUUUUCAAACUUCAAAGACUAGCUUCACUUUAUCUUAUGGUCUUACUGUUAACCAAUCUGUUACUGGUUAUCAAGGUCAAGAUACCGUCACAUUCGGUGGUAUCUCAAUAUCACAACAAACUUUUGGAUUAGCCACAAGCGAACCUUUUUCAGAUUUAGCAGAAGAUGGAAUUCUUGGUCUUGGGGCUAAGAAUGUAGAAGGUUUUAAAGUGAAUGGUGUUAUGCAAUCGAUAAAAGCUCAAAAAAAAUUAUCCAAAAAUAUAAUUGCAUUUCAUUUAGCAAGAAAAAAAAGUAAUUCAAAAGAUGUAGCCUUUGCAACACUUGGUGGUAUUGACCAAACCGCCGUUUCAGGAUCAGUCGGAUAUAAUAGUGCAAACGUUUCAUUAGGGGUUUGGAUAAUUGAAUUAACUGAUAUUAAGGUUGAUGGAAAAUCUAUUGGUUCCGUUCCAACAGCUCCAGCUGUUAUUGAUACUGGUACUAGUUUGAUCUACGGUCCCCCUUCGGUAGUUGAAGCAAUUCAUUCUUCAAUUCCUGGUGCUGCUAUUUAUUCACAAGGUCAACAGAAAAUUUAUACCGUUCCAUGCAAUACAAAAUCUAUAGUUUCACUUUCAUUUGAUAGCGGAUCAUAUUCAAUCGACCCUAAAGAACUUAUUUUUACUACCAGUGAUUCAUCGUUAUGUGCUUCAGGUAUACAAGGAAGCCCUGACAAUUUUUGGUUAAUUGGUGAUGUGUUUUUGUCAAGUGUUGUUAGUGUAUUUGAUUUUGAUAAUAAUCAAGUUGGAUUUGGUCAAGCAAAAAUAAUGUCUAGUCCUGAUAAUGUUAUUUCUAAUGGUGUAAAGAUUUCUCCACCAGUUUUCUGGAAAACUUUU